AUGAAUAAAUCAAUAAUAUCGGUUUCUAUAAUUAUAAAAAAUUAAUCAAAAACCAACCAAAGUUUGGUAUCUUUCUCUAAUUCAAAAUUUCUAUCAAAAUCUUUAAUUAAAAAGAUAUAUUUUUCAAAUAUAAAUAAAUAAAUAAAUUUAUUUUAAUUCCAUUUUGUAAAUUCUUAAUUUUAAAUCUAAAAUAAUUAUUUUAAUUUUCAAUUUACUAAAAAAUGCUACAAGAUACAAACAUAAUAUUUAAUUCAAAUAAGCAAAUAAAUAAAUAGCCUAAAUUUUAUUUUAUUAUUUAAUAAAAUUAUUUCAAAUAAUAAAGAUAAAUAAAUAAAUUAUCUUCAUUUAUUUGGAUGCUUUUUAAAAUUAUUUAGACAAUUCAUAGAUAGAAUUAAUAUAUACGGUAUAGAUACAAAAAGUAAAUAAAUAAUUUAUUUAAGUAAAAAACUAACUUUUGUCUAAAUAAAAUUUAUCAAAUAACUGAUGGGUUGUGUUUAGUAAAAAAAAAUGCAAACAAUUGAUAAGAAAAAUCAUUUAGAUAAUAAAGAGGAAGUUGCUAAUUCCUUUUUAUCAUAGCAUACUGAACUUUAUGUUGAUAUAAUGUAAAAUUAAAUUGAUGAUAAAUAGGGAUAGAGUUUUUGCUCUUAAUUAGCAACAUAUACAAGUUUAUAGUCUUUAACACUAGAUUCAUCGUAUUAAUAUAAAAAUUAAUAUAAUUAUUCUUUUUACAAAAAAUAAAUUUGUUACAAUUUAAUUUUUUACUAAGUACGAUAUUCUUAUUAAUAAAUAAAUUAACAUUAAUUAUUUUUCAACAUGCUUUUAAUUCUAAACUGA